GUGCCUAUCAACUGCCUCAGCGAGGUAUGAAUUUGGCGCCUUGCCGUCUGAUUGGCCUGUCUCCACCACCAAUAAACUCGGGGCAAGCGCGGUGGCUCGCAGAGGAGGCCAAUCAGCGAAAAGUUUCUUCCGGCAGACGCACCAAUAGCGAGGCGCGGCGGCGCUAUCCAAUGAGCUGAGUGCUACUUUGGGGAAGGUUAUAAGAGGGCCGGGUGCGGAACCUCUCGCCUCACUUCGCCGCAGAGCUCUGGUGGGCUGGGGACAGAGCGCGCAGAGGAGCGAGGCGCCAUGUCUGGCCGUGGCAAGAGCGGCGGUAAGGCCCGGGCUAAGGCCAAGUCUCGCUCGUCCCGGGCAGGACUGCAGUUCCCGGUCGGGCGUGUUCACCGGCUGCUGCGGCGCGGGCACUACGCGGAGCGGGUGGGGGCCGGCGCGCCGGUGUACCUGGCGGCCGUGCUGGAGUACCUGACAGCCGAGAUCCUGGAGCUGGCGGGCAACGCGGCGCGCGACAACAAGAAGACGCGCAUCAUCCCGCGACACCUGCAGCUCGCGGUGCGCAACGACGAAGAGCUCAACAAGCUACUGGGCGGCGUCACCAUCGCGCAGGGCGGCGUCCUGCCCAACAUCCAGGCCGUGCUGCUGCCCAAGAAGACCGGCGGCGGCAGCGUGGGCCCCACCAAGGCCGGCAAGAAGGGCAGCCGGCAGCAGUCGCAGGAGUAUUAGGACCGGCCGAGCCCUCGGCACCACACAAAGGCCCUUUUCAGGGCCAACCCUAUUGCUCACCAGGAGAGCUGCGAUCCGCGUGGGGAGGGGGCGUGUCGCGGUCCCGUCGUCGGGACUGGAGGCGGAGCUGGCCC